CCCGCACAGAUUUAUCAGGGCGACCGGCCUGCACAGCGCUUGCAGCUUGCUCUCCUACACUAACACUACUGUCUGGCAUGGCCUCUGAGCGGCCUAUGGAAGACGCUGAGGAAUUUGGUGAGGGGGAAGAGGAGGCGUACAUCGACCAGAAUGAAGUGUAUGCCGAGGUAGAGGUGGAUGGGGACCACCCGAUGGACGAGGAGGACGAUGGAGAGCAGAUGGAGGCGUCAGGGGCUGACGGGAUAGAGGGGGACGUGGUUUACGAGGAUACCUCGAUUCAGCACUUCCCUACGCAUCAAAAAUCGGUAUUCUGCGUGACAACCCAUCCUACCGCGCCACUAGCCGCUUCAGGCGGGGAGGACGAUCUGGGAUACAUCUGGGACAUCACGACCGGCGAGCAGAUUGUGCGAUUAACUGGCCACACCGACAGCGUGACGUGCGUUGCGUUCAGCAGCGACGGCGAAUUGCUGUCUACCGGGGGCAUGGACGGUAAGGUGCGCGUCUGGCGCAGAGUGGGGAAGGAGGAUUGGAAGACGUGGGAGUUCUUGACUGAGCUGCAGGGACCAGAUGAAGCUAUGUGGUUGAGAUGGCACCCCAAAGGACAUGUCCUCUUGGCUGGAGCCAAUGACACCACCGUUUGGAUGUGGCAACUACCGUCUGGCAACACAAUGCAAGUCUUUGUUGGACACACUGGGCCGGUGCAGUGCGGCGAGUUUACCCCGGAUGGUAAGCGGAUAGUCACUGCGGACGCAGACGGCACGCUCUGCUACUGGGAUCCACGAAGCUCUUCCCCGGUCUUCAAGCUCACCUCCUCUGAUGCGCGCUUCGACCUGGGCGGCAUUACGUCUGUCGGGAUCAAUUUCACGUCGACAAUCGCGGUCGUCGGUGGUAUUGAUGGUGGUGUCCGCGUCGUCAGUCUGAGUAAAGGUGACAUUGUCGGCGCGCUUGCGGCACAUAGUGAAGGCGAGAGUAUCGAAGCGGUCGUGUUCGUGGACCUCACUGGCACAGGCGCCGGUACCGACAUCGUCGUCACGGGGGCGACAGACGGGAAGAUCUGCAUAUGGGAUCUGGCCACAAUGCGGCUACGAGCAAGUGUGAAUCAUGAGGAUGCAGUGGUCUGCUUGUUGGCUCAUCCCCCGCCCCAAAGCCACCUCAUUGUUUCUGCAUCUGCGGACAAAACACUACGAACAUGGGACGCUCGGACAGGUACGCUUGUGCGGAGCCAUAAGGGACAUCACGGACCGGUGCUGGCGUGUGCCCUGGGGCUGGAUGGGAAGGUGCUGGUGAGUGCAGGAGACGACGGCGUGUGCUUGGUGUUCGCGACAGAGUAAAUAGUGUUUCUGGUACCUUGUAGGCUUGUACAUCGAGAAGUUGUUGGAAGCAACGACCUUGACUCGGGCGGACUUUUUGCCGUCUGUCCAAUCGCAGGGCGUCCCUACGAAGG